CCGCUUCUGCUCAGUAAGCGCCUCUUCCCCAGAGUGGGGCGGCGCGCGCUGGGCCCUCCCCUCUCGCCCGUUCUCUAGUGUGUGUCACCGGCCGUCCGGCCCUCCGCACUCCAGCGUCUGUCCAGGCCCCCCGUGCUGCGUCUUCCUCUCGGUAAAGCGCACGUUCCAUGACAGUUUUCAACGAAUUCCACCGAACGGGGUGACGUGAGCGUGCGUGCGCGUGCGUUGCUACAGAACUUCCGCGGGCUUUACGAUUCAUCGGCCCGAAGUCGAGAUGAGCCUGGCGCUGCGCAAUCUGCAGCGGGCGGUGCCCCUGCGGCGCGCGCUGCUGCGCCAGAGGCUGCAGGCAGUGCGCGGGGCCCUGGGCGUGCGGGCCUUCGACGUGGGCGUUGUCUGCGUCGACAACCGGAAGAUCCAGCAGAUGAACAGGAUCUACCGAGAGCAAGACACCCCGACUGACGUGCUCUCCUUCCCCUUUCACGAGAAUCUGAAAGCAGGUGAAAUCCCCCAGCCCGACUUUCCAGAUGACUAUAAUUUAGGAGACAUUUUCCUGGGCGUGGAGUUUAUCUUCCAGCAGUGCAAGGAAGAUGAAGAUUACUAUGACAUCCUGACUGUGACUGCCACCCACGGGCUCUGUCACCUCCUGGGCUUCACACACAGCACGGAGGCCGAAUGGCAGAAGAUGUACCAGAAGGAGAAGCAGGUUCUCCAGGAGCUGAACAAGCACAUGGGGACCAGGCUGCAGCCCCUGAGCAGAGGCCUCUUCUGACGGAGGACAGAUCAAGGAGCCCGGGUGAGUGUGCCCUCCCUUGAACUCCUGCUGGAUUCAGGCCUACCCUCCCCCACCGGAGCAGGAUAGCUGCGAGGCCAGCCGACCCGCCCCAACCCCGGGGGACCCUCAGCUCUUCUUUCGCCAUCAGCCGCCCCUGCUCGCUCGUAGGUCAUUCCUGAGCCCUCUGCCAUGGCACCCGCAUAGCAGAGCUCCGACUGCCACAUCCCAUCCUCCUGUCGGACAGCGCCCUCCUGUCAGUCCUGUUCAGUCCUGCCUUCUGAACAGCAAAGUAAACCCAGGGGUCACCCAGAGCCUUCCCCAGAGCUGUGCCUACACUCUGACCUCACAAGUGGGGCAGAUGUGGAGGGGGCGGGCACUGAGCCAACUCAGGGCCUGGUCGCCUCGACCUCAGGCCCCAGCAACUGACUAUAGUGCUACAGACUCUCCACGGAGCUCCAGACGAGUCAGGGCAACAAAACACUGCCUCUUGGAGAUUCUAAAACUCAGAAAACUAUGAUUCUAAGAAUUUGGUUUCUCCCAUAAGUUGAUUUUACAAACAUGAAAACUCAGUUCCCGUUGGAUUUGCAUCCUGAGCCUGGACUCCACUGGCUUCUGGGGACACGGGUCUGUCAUUUUCCUGAGCUGCUGGCUGCAUGACCUGCUUGUAAUCAUUAAGCUUGUUCUCAGUUUAGAGUUUAGCAUGGCAAAGAUUAAAGUUAAGCCCCCAGA